AUGGCUACAUCAAGUGAUACUUCGGACCAGAAUGUGAAGUCCAGACGCCCUGCGGAGUCCGCAUUCAAACAGCAGCGUCUUCCCGCUUGGCAACCGAUUCUUACGGCAGGAACGGUCCUUCCGACCUUUUUCGUUAUUGGAAUAGCAUUUAUACCUGUUGGUAUAGGCCUCUUGUAUUUCUCGGAUGAGGUGAAAGAACAUGUUAUAGACUAUACACAUUGCAUGAAGGAAGAUGCUGUUAAUGUGACAUGUGCUACAUUUAUAAAGGAAACAAAAAUGGAGGAGCCUUGCAUGUGCCAAAUAAACUUUAAUUUAACAGAAGACUUCAAAGGCGAUGUCUACUUUUAUUAUGGCUUGAGCAAUUACUAUCAAAAUCAUAGACGAUAUGUGAAGUCUCGGGAUGAUAGCCAACUUCUUGGUCAUCUGACUCUUACUCCAUCUUCGGACUGUGAUCCGUUUGCAUAUGCUGAUGAAGAUGGUAAACAGAAACCCAUAGCACCUUGUGGAGCUAUUGCUAAUUCUCUAUUUAAUGACACCUUGAGAGUGUAUUCUCAGGAUUUGAAUAAAAUGGUUGAAGUUCCUGUGUUAAAUACUGGUAUUGCAUGGACAUCAGAUAAGGAUAUCAAAUUUAGGAAUCCAGCAGGAGAUCUUAAAACUGCCUUCGCCAAUUUUACAAAGCCAGUUAAUUGGAGGAAACCAGUCUGGAUGUUAGAUCCUAAUAAUACUGAAAAUAAUGGAUUUCAGAAUGAAGACCUCAUCGUUUGGAUGCGAACAGCAGCACUACCAACAUUCCGAAAAUUGUAUCGUCGCGUUGAUCACACUCAAGUUGGAUUCAGCGUUGGAUUAGCUAAGGGACCGUAUACGCUGCAAGUUGAUUAUAAUUAUCCAGUAACUGACUUUGACGGAACGAAGACGUUCAUAAUAUCGACGACGUCCCUACUGGGCGGUAAGAACCCGUUCCUUGGUGUCGCUUAUGUUGUUGUUGGAACUCUUUGCUUGCUGCUGGGGAUCGUUCUUCUAGUCAUUCAUGUACGAUGCUCCAAGAGCACAACCGAGAUGAUCAACGUAAAUCCACGAACGCCAUAUUCUUAA